CAAUAAACGUAGAGAGGGGGCCACCGAGAAACUUCCACUCAAUCAAACAAAAACUAAAAUCGCAGCAUCUCAACACACACUUAAUAGAUCUCCUUCUUCUCCUCCUCCCUCUCCUUGAUCCAUUCUUUCUUCUCACAAUCGCCGGAUCCCAACUUUAAUCAACAAAACAUGGCUGGUUUCAGCGGCGAUGAAACUGCUCCUUUCUUCGGAUUCCUCGGCGCUGCCGCUGCCCUAGUUUUUUCCUGUAUGGGUGCGGCUUAUGGCACUGCAAAAAGUGGGGUUGGGGUUGCAUCGAUGGGUGUGAUGAGACCCGAGCUUGUGAUGAAAUCAAUUGUGCCAGUUGUCAUGGCUGGUGUGUUGGGUAUCUAUGGUUUGAUCAUUGCGGUUAUCAUCAGUACUGGGAUUAACCCUAAGGCCAAAUCUUACUAUCUCUUUGAUGGCUACGCUCACCUUUCUUCUGGUUUGGCUUGUGGCCUUGCUGGUCUCUCUGCUGGCAUGGCUAUUGGCAUUGUUGGGGAUGCUGGUGUUAGAGCAAAUGCCCAACAGCCAAAGCUUUUCGUUGGAAUGAUUCUCAUUCUCAUCUUUGCUGAGGCGUUAGCGUUGUAUGGACUCAUUGUUGGCAUCAUCCUUUCUUCCCGUGCCGGCCAAUCCAGAGCUGAAUGAUUAAUAGAGAGUUCCCUGUUGGUUGUGGUGCACAGACGCGUAGAUUGUGAAUGUUACCAGGGAUUUUGUAUUGGCAAGCUUUUUAGCUUUGUCAUGCUCCUCAUUCGUCUUUUGCAGGUUAUCCAGGAAUAAAACCCGUCAAACUAUUUAUUUGGUCAUCACUGUGUUUAGUAUGUUCGAUUCAAACUAGAUUGGAUUUCUCUGUAAUAAACAGAUGUUUGUGUUGGUUACUAUAUUGUUUAAUUAGUAUUAUUUCAUACUCUUCA